AGUUCCCUACUUUGGGCCGACCCGGAUUUCAUAGCCCGAGCACUGAGCCUCAAAAGGGCUUCGUUCUUAAUCGUGGAGCCUUAUUCUUGAUCGUCCUCCGAUUCUCGUUCUGAUUUUUCCAAUUUUACGCUCUUUUUUCCUUUCUUUUCUUCCUCUGUUCUUCCCUGCAAGAUAUUCUCCCACACACAAUUCUUUUAGUUUCAACUUCUGAAUUCAUCUUCUACCAAAAUGCAAGGAGGAGAAGAUGUAAGCAUUGAAGAGUUGGCUAAUAAUCUCUCUACCUACAAAGACCAGCUUCAGCAGGUCAGACAGCUGUUAGAUGAUGAUCCUGGCAACUCUGAAUACAUAGAUAUGGAAAAGGAGCUUGAAGAGGUUAUCGCUUUGACGGAAGAACUUCUUUCAACAGCGAAGCAAAAUGAGAUUCCUGGAUCAAAUGUAGAAACAGGUGAUGACAGUGCAUCAAUUAGUUUCCACCAGCCUAAAGAAAAUGAGAUGGAAGCUGGAAGCAUGUCUGAUUAUCACGAGAAAUUUCCUAUUGGAUCAAAAGUUCAAGCCGUUUGGAGUGAGGAUGGGGAGUGGUACGAUGCUACAAUUGAAGCUCACACUGUAAAUGGUUUCUAUGUUAGUUAUGAUGGUUGGGGAAACAAAGAAGAGGUGGACCCUGCAAACGUAAGAGCAAUCCAACUGGAAGUUAAUGCUUUGCUUGAAGCAGAAAGAGUGGCUGAAGCUACAAAGCAGGCUAUCAAACGCAAGAUUGCUCAAGCUGCUUCUGUUGACUUCCAAUCACGAAAUUUACCAUCAAAGCUUCGAAUUGAACCUGAUGAUCCUGAGGACGUAAAAGCCACCAAACGCAAGAAAAUACAUGCUUUCAAGUCGAAGAUGCGGAUAGAACAACUUGAAGUUACCCAAAAUAAACGGCAGAAUGCUUGGCAGCAGUUUCAAUCAGCAAAAGGCAAAUCUAAGAAGAUUGGUUUCUUCUCUGGGCGGAAGCGGGAGAGCAUUUUCAAGUCUCCGGAUGAUCCGAAUGGGAAGGUUGGUGUGACUGGAAGUGGAAAGGGUUUGACUGAGUUUCAGAAGAGGGAAAAACACUUGCAUCUCAAGGGUGCAACCGUGGAGAUGGACGAGUAAAGUGAGGGUUAGAGUUUGUAGGUUGGUGGUUUCUUUGUAUGUAUCGUUCAUUUAGUAUCCCAAUCCAUUUGAUGCAAUCUGUGUGGUUAAAUUUCAUAUAAAUGUGCUAAAAGUUUAGGCGGAGGGAUUCCCUCCAAGUAACACAGUGUUUUCUUAUGAGAAUGGUUACGAAGCUUAGCCAUGACAGGAUCUUUUUUCCUUUGACAUUUUUAUGUUUACUUGUUCUAUUUCCUAAUACUUAAUGAGAUAUGCACAUUUAUUUGAAAAACCCAA